AUGCCCGAGCCAGGCCCCAGGAUGAACGGCUUCUCGCUGGGCGAGCUGUGCUGGCUCUUCUGCUGCCCGCCCUGCCCGAGCCGCAUCGCCGCCAAGCUGGCCUUCCUGCCGCCCGAGCCCACCUACACCGUGCUGGCGCCCGAGCAGCGCGGCCCCGGCGCGCCCCCGGCCCAGGUCCGGCCGGCGGCCCUCGCGGCCCAACCGGCGCCGCAGCAGCCCGAGGAGGGCGCGGGCGCGGGCCCCGGCGCGUGCAGCCUGCACCUGAGCGAGCGCGCCGACUGGCAGUACUCGCAGCGCGAGCUGGACGCCGUCGAGGUCUUCUUCUCGCGCACGGCCCGCGACAACCGGCUGGGCUGCAUGUUCGUGCGCUGCGCGCCCUCCAGCCGCUACACGCUGCUCUUCUCGCACGGCAACGCCGUGGACCUGGGCCAGAUGUGCAGCUUCUACAUCGGCCUGGGCUCGCGCAUCAACUGCAACGUCUUCUCCUACGACUACUCGGGCUACGGCGUCAGCUCGGGCAAGCCCUCCGAGAAGAACCUCUACGCGGACAUCGACGCCGCGUGGCAGGCGCUGCGCACCCGGUACGGCGUGAGCCCCGAGAACAUCAUCCUGUACGGCCAGAGCAUCGGGACGGUGCCCACGGUGGACCUGGCCUCGCGGUACGAGUGCGCGGCGGUCAUCCUGCAUUCCCCGCUGAUGUCCGGCCUGCGCGUGGCCUUCCCGGACACCAGGAAGACCUACUGCUUCGACGCCUUCCCCAGCAUCGACAAGAUCUCCAAGGUCACCUCCCCUGUGCUGGUCAUCCACGGCACGGAGGACGAGGUCAUCGACUUCUCCCACGGCCUGGCCAUGUACGAGCGCUGCCCGCGCGCGGUGGAGCCGCUCUGGGUGGAGGGGGCCGGGCACAACGACAUCGAGCUCUACGCGCAGUACCUGGAGAGACUAAAACAGUUCAUUUCUCACGAGCUCCCCAACUCCUGAGGGCGACGCCUCGACUUUACCUCGUUUACUGUGAGCGGAAGGGCCCCCCCCACCGGUUCGCACGCGCCUCGGCCGGGCGAUGACCGCCGGGACGUGCCGGCCUCUAGGGUGCUCUCAUCGGAGGGCCGGUGACAUCUCCGCCUUUUUUAUCUAGGGACUGUUGUUCUACUAACCGCGCGGCGCGUGGAGCCGCACUCCCGUCGCCGCGACUCCCAGGGCGGCUGUUAGGGCCGCCCGGGGAAUGCCCACGUCCCCGUCCCGUCCCGCCCGCCUUCCCGGCUCACGGAUGCGGGGCCCGCCCGUGUCCCCGCCAGGCGUGCCCGGCGUGCCCGGCGCCUGACGGGCAGCUCUUUGGGCCGCCGGGUUCACGGGUCCGGUCCGCCGUUCGUGACGCUGUGGCGUAGUGUAACUGGAAAACCAUCGUGGGUGGGGUUUUUUUCCAUCCGUUUUCGUUGCCAUGCCGACCUGUCCCCAAACACGCGAGCCGGAGGGUCACUGGCGGGGGUCGGUCACGGACAGCUUCAUCAACUGUAACCACAAACGUGUAACUGGAAUAUUCUUAAAACAGAAAGGAAACUUAGGGGCUUUUUUUUUUUUUUAAGUGUAAAUUUAUUACUAGCCAACAGAGUUUUAAUAUUUUGACUGGUUGGUUUAACAAAGAGCCUAGCCGACUCACCUCCUCCAAAACCCUCCUCGUGGGCUUUUCUUUUUUUCUUUUUUUUUUCUUUUUUUAAAGAACUGUAGAUACCUGCCAUCUCCUCCCGCACGGGUUCCCACCUGGGCUGCAGCAAGGAACUGCAGACUCCUCGUUUGUAUGUAAAUGACCGAAUACAUUUUGUUAACAUGUUUUUAUUCCUAGGUUUUGCUAUUAAGAAAUUUUAUAACAUUUCCAAGACAAAAAUUCCAGGUUUAUGCUUUGAAGAAUUUAUGUGAUUUAAAAUUUCACUAAACUAAUGUUUUUAGUUUGGGAUGUCAUUUUUGGGUCCUGACACUGGAGUUGAGCCGGGCGAGCGUCGCAAGCGUGAGAUGCUCGCGGCUCGCACCGGCCGGGGGUCUGGGUUCGGGGUUUCUUUGGUUUCGUUUCAGCUUUCGUUUCCCGGUUUUAAAAGCCUUAAAUGUACUGCGGGCCUCGGGCCGCCGCGGGCUGUGUGCCGCCUCCCGGGCGGGCGCGGCGCUGCUGAUGGAAUAAAGGAUGCAUGGAUCAGA